AUGCCGGGUGGCCGUGGUAAUCGACGAGAUGUAAAGCAAUUGUCAAAAAAUCGCUUUUCUCGGUUGGAUUCCGAUAUUGUGAGCUCCUACGUCGAUGAUGACGAAGAAGAACGGCCUCGACCGAGGCAAGGCACUGUUAGCCGCGUUAUCAAUAUGCUUGCCGGACGGGUAAUGCAUGGUAAUGGCGGCAAUCGGCGAGGCAGAAAAGAUGAACAAACAAUGAGAAGUGCUGGCGGAGUUUCCCGUCAUACUGAGAUGGUCUAUAAAAUCCGGAUACCAUACGGUCGUAAAUUUACUGUACCAUGGAUAAUGAAGCAGUUGCAUCAACAAAUUGAGGAUAUCAAACCAUUGCUAGUG